GUGAAACAGUGGGCAUGAAAAAGAAUGAACAGAGCCAGAUUCUAACAACAAACUGUGAAUUGAAGCUGGAAUGGGUGGACCCUUUUCUAGCUUGGGACCCUGAAGACUUUGCCAAUAUUACUUCAACCAACUUGGAUCCAAAGAAGAUUUGGCUUCCUGAUGUAAUUCUUUACAACAAUGCAAUGAUGGAUUAUAAUGCAGCAGUCACCAGCACCACAGCAAGUGUGCUGCACACUGGAAGAGUGAGGUUAUUGCAGGCAGCAAUCUUUGAAUCUGUGUGUGACACACUAAAUGUGAAAGAUUUUCCAUUUGACAUGCAAGUUUGCUCCAUGGUUUUUGCUCCUUGGACUAUGGACAUAUCUGUGGCCAGGUUAAGAGCCAUGAGUGCCACAGGAGUUUUGGACGUUUACACUCCAUUGGGAGAAUUCAAAAUGAUCAGUCUCAUAUCAUCUGAAAGAACUGCUUAUGAUCCUUGUUGCCCAGGAACCAUGUUUGACAAUGUGGAGUAUGUCAUCAGGAUUCAGAGGAGACCCACUUUCUUCAUAGUCAACUAUAUUUUUCCAAGUGUCCUCAUCAAUGCUAUUGGUGUUAUGGUGUUCCUGGUCCCUUGUGAAUCUGGAGAGAAGGUAACCCUUGGCAUCAGUGCCAUGUUGUCCAUGAUGGUGUUUCUCAUGAGCAUGACUACAACUUUGCCUCCUGCCACUGUUACACCAUUGCUGAGUGUAUAUUAUUGUGCUUGUGUGACAUUAGUCACAGUGGAAGUGGUCUUCUCCAUUGUCAUCUUGGAUGUGUAUCAUGGUGGAGAUCAUGCAGGGGUUCAUGCAUCAAAUACUCUGAUUGCAUCAGCCUACAUGAUGGCAAAGCUAAGCUUCACAAAAGUCAGAGAUCCAAGCGGAUACCUAACCCAGAAUGGAAACACUGUGAGCAAUGGAAACAUUUUCAGCCCAGAAAAUGGUUGUGGGGAUUCUAGUAACAACCAGGCAAGAAUUGCCAAUGAAACUAACCUUUUGAAGAAACUGCAUCUGACCCUGUACAAUAAUUAUGUGAGCUCUGUUAAACCAGUCAUUAAUCCCAUGGAUUCAGUCAAUGUUUCCAUCCAAUUGGUGCUUUUCAACCUCAUUGGACUGGAUGAAAGACAACAGAUUUUGACAAUGAACUCUGAACUACUCUUGGAGUGGUAUGAUCCAUUCUUAACAUGGAACACUUCAGAUUAUGGUGGGGUCACCCAGACAAAAAUAGAUCCUGACAAAGUUUGGACACCAGAUGUUAUAUUGUUCAAUAGUGCUUCAAGUGACUACAAAGCAGGUUUGGUGACCACUUAUUUGCUGGUGAACCACAAUGGCUGGACCAGACUUCUGAUAUCAGGAAUAAUGGUGUUUGUGGUACCCUGUGAGUCUGGAGAGAAGGUAACCUUGGGAAUAAGUGCAUUGCUGACAAUGAUUGUGUUCCUGAUGUCAAUGACAGCUGCUUUGCCACCAGCUCCUGACACACCAUUGCUCAGCUUGUACUAUGUUGUGUGCCUGUCACUGGUGACCCUUGAAGUGGUGGCAUCCAUUGUUGUGCUCACAAUACAUCACCAGGGCAAAUUUGGCCUCCAUCCUGGGGACGGUAUCAUUGCUGUGGCCCUGGUCAUGGCCAAGUUGAGCUUUACUUCUUUGGACAAAAAUCUGAAGCAUUUUGAGAACCGGAAGGCAGCCAUGACACUCAAGAUGAAGAAACUCAAGUGCUGGAACUUUGUAAGUUCUAAAGGAAGUGGAGGUUCUGGGGAAGUGGCUACUGAUUGGGAGACUGAACUUCAUCCCAUUAAGAAGUUGCAAAAGUUUUUGUAUUAUGAUUACAUUACUACUGUGAGGCCUGUGGAGCAUCCUUGGCAACCUGUGAAUGUGUCCAUACAAUAUGUCCUUUUUGCCAUCAUUGGUCUGGAUGAGAAGAGUCAGAUUUUGACAACAAAUGCAGAACUUGUCCUGGAAUGGACAGAUUAUUUUCUGAGAUGGGAUCCAGCAGAUUUUUCCAACAUCACAACAACUAGACUUGACCCAGAAAAGUUUUGGACACCUGACAUCAUCCUUCACAACAGUGGUUCAACAGAUUACAAAGCAGGGCUAGUCUCAACCUACCUCAUGGUAACCCACACUGGGAAUGUGAAGCACUUGCAAGCUGGAAUGUUCCAGUCUACCUGUGGUCUGAAUGUGUCUCAUUAUCCCUUUGAUGAGCAAGAAUGUCCACUGCAAUUUGCACCCUGGACCAUGGAUAAGAGCAUCAUGAUUUUCUAUGUUCCUUGUGGAUCUGGUGAGAAAAUAAGUCUUGGGAUCAGUGCCAUGUUGACUCUGGUUGUGUUCCUGAUGGCAAUGACAGAUGCUUUACCACCAGCAGAAGAGAUUCCUCUCCUCAGCACAUACUAUGUAUGCUCCUUGAUUCUCAUGACAUCAGAGGUAUUGUGCUCCAUCAUUGUCCUCAACAUAUACCACAGAGGAGAGUAUGGUUUGAGGGCAAGUGACACUAUAAUAGGAAUUGCUUUUGUCAUGGCAAAAGUCACAUUCACUUCUUUGAAAGACCCUGAAGGAUAUUUUGCUGACAGGAAGUCUGAAAUACUCAAGCAGUUUUACAUAUGCUGUGGCUGCAAGGUCAACUUGAAAAAUAAUCAACUUGGAGAGACUUUCAUAUCUCUGGCUGCCAAAGAAGCUGAAGAGGACUUUUGGAAGCCUAACACAGAUUUGUUGUCAAGGUACAAAUCACCAACAAAAGAACAACUCUUUGGGAAACGUUUUGGCAUCACCCCUCAGUCUAAUGAGAAGGAAAGUAGACCAACUGUUGCAGGGGAUCAAGUCAGGUUUGAUUUUGCCUUGAAUCAACUCCUCAAGAAAGCUGACAAGGGACUGAUGAUGAUGCAAAUCAGUCAACAACAGCACAAAGAAGAUGACUACAAGAACAUUCUGACCUUGGAGUACCUGGAAUUGGCCAGAGAUGAGAAGAGCCAGAUUCUGACCACAAAUGCAGAAUUGGUGCUGGAAUGGGAUGAUUAUUUUCUGCAAUGGGACCCUGCUAAUUUCUCAAACAUUAAUUCCACAAGACUGGACCCAUCCAAAUUUUGGACUCCCGACAUAAUUCUUUACAACAGUGCAUCCACAGAUUACAGGGCUGGACUUGUUUCCACUUACCUCAUGGUCACUUCCACUGGAAGAGUUAAAUAUUUAGUGGAAGGCAUUUUUCAGUCCAUUUGCAACCUGGAUGUUUCAUAUUUUCCUUUUGAUGAACAGAUUUGCACCCUGAAAUUCUCUCCUUGGACAAUGGACAAGACUGCUGUUAUGAUGAAAGCAGUUUUGCCUGAAAAUGGUCUCAAGAGAUAUGUUGCAGUUGGAAAAUUCAAAAUGAUCUCUUUGGUGCCCAAGAAGAGUACCACUGAAGAUCCAUGUUGCAUUGGAAUAAGUUUUGACGAUGUCACCUAUUACAUGACAUUUCAAAGAAGACCAAUGUACUACAUCAUCAACUACAUAUUUCCAAGCGUUCUCAUCAACGUGAUUGGUGUCAUGAUUUUCUAUGUCCCCUGUGGAUCUGGGGAGAAAAUCAGCCUGGGAAUCAGCGCUAUGUUGACCCUGGUUGUGUUUCUGAUGGCCAUGACUGAUGCAUUACCACCUGCUGACACCAUUCCUCUUCUCAGUACAUAUUAUGUGUGUUCACUGAUUCUGAUGACCUCAGAGGUCUUGUGUUCCAUUAUAGUCCUCAACAUCUACCACAGGGGAGAAUAUGGACUGAGAGCCACAGACACUAUUAUAGGCAUCGCAUUUGUGAUGGCAAAGGUUACAUUCACUACCAUGAAAGACCCUGAGGGAUUCUUUGCUGACAGAAAAGCUGAAAUUCUCAAAAGGCUCUACAUCUGUUGUGGAUGCAAGGCAGACACCAAGGAUCCUUUGGGAGAAACAUUCAUCUCCUUGGCAGCAAAGCAAGCUGAGCAGGAUUUUUGGAGACCCAAUGUGGACAUACUUUCCAGAUACAAGUCCCCCACAAAGGACCAGGUUUUUGCCAAAAGGUUUGGCAUAGCUGGUCACCCUGCCUACAAAGAGAGUAGACCCAGUGUGGCCAAUGAUCAAGCCAGAUUCGAAUUUGCUGUGUCUGAAACGUUGGCUUUUUGUGUGAUUGAAGUCUGUUUGGAACCU